AUGGGUGACCGCGGACAUGAGUACCGACGCGAUGAAGACGAGGAUGAGGCCGAUGAGGAGAUGGAUGAGAGUGAUUUCAAGUCACAAAAGGACGCCGUCAUCUUCGCGAUCGACGUGAGCAAGUCUAUGCUGAAGCCACCGCCGGCCAGCGACUCCAAAAAGGCCGACAAGGACAGCGCUGUUGCAGCCUCCUUGAAAUGCGCCUAUCAGAUCAUGCAGCAGCGCAUCAUAUCCCAACCCAAAGAUAUGAUGGGCAUUCUUUUCUUUGGCACCGAGAAGUCAAAGUUCCGUGACGAGGCUAACGGCCGUGGCGGAUCUGGCUAUCCUCACUGCUACCUGUUCGCCGACUUGGAUGUCCCGGCUGCUGAAGAUGUCAAGGCGCUCAAGGACCUGGUGGAGGAGGGAGAGGACCCUGAUGAGGUUCUCACGCCCGCGAGUGGAAGCGAGGGUGUUGCAAUGGCCAAUGUGCUGUUCUGCGCCAACCAGAUUUUCACGACCAACGCGCCGAAUUUUGGGUCGCGACGGUUGUUCAUCAUCACAGACAAUGACGACCCGCAUCAUGGCGACAAGACCGCACGGUCGGCUGCGGCCGUCCGUGCCAAAGAUCUCUACGACCUAGGCGUUGUUAUCGAGCUGUUUCCCAUAAGUCGAGAGGGCGACAAGUUCGACCUGAGCAAAUUCUACGAUGAUAUCAUUUACCGUGAUCCCGCCGCCGACGGCGGUAACGCAGAAGAGAUCAAGUCUUCAAAAUCGGGCGACGGCCUCACUCUUUUGACGUCACUGAUCUCCAAUAUCAACUCCAAGCAGACGCCAAAGAGGGCCUAUUUCUCAAACUUACCUAUGGAACUGGCCCCAGGCAUGACGAUAUCUGUCAACGGCUACAUUUUACUCCACUCACAAAAGCCGGCUCGGACAUGUUACAUUUGGCUCGACGGGGAGAAACCGCAGCUUGCUACAGGCGAGACGACCAGAGUCGAUGCCGAUAGUACAAGAGCAGUUGACAAGAGCGAGGUCAAGAAGGCGUACAAAUUCGGUGGUGAAUACGUGUACUUCUCGCCCGAAGAGCAAAAGACGCUGAAGGAUUGGGGCGGCAAGGGGCUACGCAUCAUUGGCUUCAAGCCACGGUCGAUGCUCCCUUCAUGGGCAUCGGUGAAGAAGUCGUUCUUCAUCUUCCCUUCAGAGGCGGACUACGUGGGCUCCACACGUGUGUUUUCCGCCUUGUGGCAGAAGUUGCUGAAGAGCGAAAAGAUGGCCAUCGCAUGGCUUGUCUCGCGGACCAAUGCCAACCCACUGCUGGUAGCAGUGCUGCCGACCAAAGCCCAAACAGAUGACGAGUCUGGCACGCCGUUUCUCCCUGCUGGCCUGUGGCUGUAUCCCUUGCCGUUCGCGGAUGACUUGCGAGAGAUCGACAGGAAGGAAACUAUCAAAUGCUCCAACGAGCUCAUUGAUCGUAUGCGACCGAUCGUACAGAACCUCCAGCUCCCAAAGGCCAUGUACAACCCGGCCAAAUACCCGAAUCCCGCGCUGCAAUGGCACUACAAGAUUCUCCAGGCGUUAGCCCUUGAGGAGGAGGUUCCAGAGCAUCCCGAGGACGCAACCAAGCCCAAGUACAAGGCUAUCAACAACCGUGUCGGAGGCUACAUGGUCGAAUUCAAGGAGAAGGUAGAAGAGGAGGCCGGUGGCCUGCAGAAGAGCCGGGCUACAAAGCGUGAGUUGGAGGAUGAUGACGAUGACGCGCGCCCGGCAAAGAAGAGCAAAGCUGCCGCCGGGAGCAAAGGAAAGGCUGACGGGGCCAAUGGGGGCGGUUCAAGCAACGCCCAGCUCAAGAAAGCAGUCGAGCAGCAGACCCUGUCCAAGAUGAAGGUGAACGAACUCAAGGAUAUUCUAGGCGCGAAGGGAUUGAGCACGGCUGGGAAGAAGGCCGAUUUGGUGGAGCGUCUCGAGCAAUGGGUGGAGGAGAACGUCUAA